AUGGCAAAGAACCUCAACUCCAUCAGCUUCACCGUUCUCUUGCUUGUCCUCGUGAUAGCUUCAACCGGAUUCCUCAAGAGCGAGGCUGCAGGCUGCGGUACUAACCCCUGCACUAGCACCGCUCAAAUUGCGUUCCUGGACGAGUGCCCGGAUGCGCACGGAAAGACCAAUGCUGAAUGCUGCACCUGUUGUAAAAACAAAUACGGGAGUCCUCCAGUCUGCUGGGCGGCUGUUGAGGGAAGCGACAUUCCCAAGCAUUGCCAUUGCUACAAAAGGAUCAUCUGA